AUGAAUAGCAAGGACGCAAUUGCUCUUUCCAGAACAAACAGGGCUCCGGACAAAAAUGUCCACGAUCGCCGUGAAUACAAAGGCUCUGUCUGGGAUGACUUGGCACAUGGCAAGGGUGUUUAUGUUGCUGAACAGGGGCUUGUCAGAUAUGAAGGUGAAUGGCUUCGGAACAACAUGGAGGGUCACGGAGUUAUACCUGAUAUAGAACCCAUACCAGGUUCCAAGCUUGAAGCAAAGAUGCGCGCUGAAGGGAGAAUUAUAUCAAGAGAUUUUAUGUCUCCAGAGGACAGGAAAUGGCUGGAGAUGGAUAUUGAAGAUAGCAUGCAUCUGGCCGGCGGGCAGUAUGAAAUACCUUUUCAUGAGAUUGACGAGUGGGUUAGACAAUUUGGGGAAAAACUGUUCUACUUUGGAGAGUUUGUGGAGUAUGCUACUGAUUGUGACGAAGACAUUUCUGCGUUCACUUCUAAUGCUUCUUUCUUUCCCUUUUGUUUGGUGCUUCGCAUUUUUACGUUUGUUUGGACAGAGGAGGCUCCUGAAUUCGUUAUUCUUAACAAAGAACCAGAACCUGAUCCUGAAGAUCCAUCUAGACUCGUAUAUACUGGAGAUCCUGUCAUCCUACACACUCGAACAGUCAAAUGGGUUGAGGAUGAGGAUGAGGAACAUGGGGUUCGGUUAUUUUGGCAGCCACCUCUGAAAGGUGGGGAAGGCGAUCCUGAUAAAGUUCAAUUCCUACUUCUUGGUUUUGAUGAGUUUUAUGGAGAAGAGGGUGAUAAUGUGUGCAAGCCAGUGCUUGAUAAACUAGAGAAAUGGACUGGAGAGAAGAAGAAAGCUAGCGAGAUAAAAAUACAGCUGUAUGAAAAGGAGCUUGAGUUCAUAGAAGCUGAAAUGUGUUUAGAAGAGGUAAUGGAAGACUUGGAUGAGGAGCUGAAGAUGAGAGAAAAGGAGGAAGAGAAUCUUGAAAUGGAUUUGCAGGAGGACAAGAAUAGCUGUGUGUCAGCCCAACAAGAGGAGAAAUCUUUUGCUAAAGAUAAGGAGGAAGAGGAGGAUGUUACACCAUCAAGUUUUGGUUCUGUGACCCAAGAUGAGGACCCAACAAAGAAUGACAGAAAAGGAAACAGAUCUACGGGAGCUCCAUUUUUUACAUCUUCACUGUCAUUUGCUCCCUGCAGCCUUCUUUCAACAGUACCCUCGAGGCUACAGCAAUCAUUUUUAGCAUGGAAGAACAGAUUGCCACAAAAGGCAGCUCCUUCCCUUUGUGUGGUGAGCUCAAACUACCACUCUGGAAUGUUUAAUUUAGUCAGUUUUCCCCCGGUGCUUGGCCAAAAGGGAAGGUUGAGAAUUGAAAGACGGUCAGAUUCUAUCCCGUAAUUCAGUUUCUGCGAACCCCAGAGAAAGUCUAAAAAUGCCAAGAAAACAGAGGCGUCCUUGGCUGCAUGCAGCACCAGAGAGAGAUUCAGGCAGCAUAUUGUCAUUGCACACGCAAUCGUGUUAUUUAUAAU